GGACGUAGAGAAACCCUGGCUCUCUCCUACAGGGUCGUUCCUCUUGGAACUCGAUUCCCAAGUUUCACUAUCAAUGGCGGCCUUGGAGUAUGGUGGAGCGACGACUCUCAGACACGCCUUUGGGAGCGUUCUCUGUUUCUUCAUCCUCCUUUUAAUCGGAGUUCUCGCCUUCUCGAUCCGCCUUUUCUCUGUUAUAAAAUAUGAAAGUGUUAUCCACGAAUUUGAUCCAUAUUUUAAUUACAGAGUUACUCAGUUUCUUACAAAAAAUGGAAUAUAUGACUUCUGGAACUGGUUUGAUGAUCGGACCUGGUACCCUCUUGGUCGUGUGAUUGGUGGAACUGUUUACCCUGGACUGACAUUGACAGCAGGUUCCCUAUGGUGGUUAUUGAAUUCAUUGAACAUUCCUCUAUCAGUAGAAACAGUUUGUGUUUUUACUGCUCCUAUUUUCUCAGCUAAUGCUGCUUGGGCAACUUACCUUCUAACAAAGGAAGUGAGAGGUACUGGUGCUGGAUUGACAGCAGCAGCUCUUUUGGCUAUGGUGCCGUCCUAUAUAUCUAGAUCGGUGGCUGGCAGUUAUGACAAUGAAGCUGUGGCUAUAUUUGCUUUGAUCUUCACAUUCUAUCUUUAUGUCAAGACAUUGAACACAGGAUCCCUCUUCUAUGCAACUUUAAAUGCCUUGGCAUACUUUUACAUGGUUUGCUCUUGGGGCGGCUAUACCUUUAUUAUUAACCUUAUUCCAAUGCAUGUGCUUCUGUGUAUUGUGACUGGUCGCUAUUCUUCAAGGCUGUACAUUGCCUAUGCUCCUCUAGUUGUCUUGGGCACAUUGUUGGCCUCCCUGGUUCCUGUCGUUGGUUUUAAUGCAGUGAUGACAUCAGAACAUUUUGCAUCAUUUUUGGUUUUCAUUAUAAUCCAUGUGGUGGCUCUUGUGUAUUACAUCAAAGGGAUUCUCUCACCAAAAAUGUUUAAAGUGGCUGUUACACUUGUUGUCUCCAUUGGCCUGAUAGUCUGUCUUGCAGUGAUAGCAGUUCUUGUGGCACUGGUAGCUUCUAGCCCUACAAAGGGAUGGAGUGGGCGUAGUUUGAGUCUUCUUGAUCCAACUUAUGCAAGCAAGUACAUACCCAUUAUUGCAAGUGUUAGUGAACAUCAACCACCAACUUGGCCAUCGUACUUCAUGGAUAUUAAUGUUUUGGCAUUUUUGGUUCCAGCUGGUAUCAUUGCAUGCUUUUUACCCCUUUCUGAUGCCAGCUCCUUUGUGGUCCUUUAUAUUGUAACAUCAGUAUAUUUUUCAGGAGUCAUGGUGCGCCUCAUGCUUGUACUAGCUCCAGCGGCAUGUAUUAUGUCUGGAAUUGCUCUUUCUGAGGCCUUUAAUGUCUUUACACGAUCAAUCAAAUUUCAAUUGCCUGGAAUUCCAGAGAAUUCCCAUUCUGGUGCAGGAGAUACCACUUCUGGAAGUGCCACAAUAAAAAAUGAUGCUGUGAAGUCUGAAAAGCACUCAAGCACUGAUAAAAAAGAAGACAGUUUAAAAGAAAGACCCUCAAAAAAGAACAGAAAGAAAGAAAAGGAACCUGUGGAAAAAGCAACUAUUAAGUCACAAGUUGAGAAGAAGCUUCUAGCUUUGCCUUUGGAGAUGUCUGUUGUUGCUAUUUUCUUGCUUGUCCUAUUGGGUGCCUUAUAUGUGGUUCAUUGUGUCUGGGCAGCAGCAGAGGCUUAUUCAGCCCCUUCAAUAGUUCUAACAUCAUAUUCACAUGAUGGUCUGCAUGUAUUUGAUGAUUUUCGAGAAGCUUAUGCAUGGCUGCGCCACAACACUGAAGUAGAUGAUAAGGUUGCAUCUUGGUGGGACUAUGGUUAUCAAACAACAGCAAUGGCUAACCGCACUGUCAUUGUUGACAACAAUACUUGGAAUAAUACACAUAUUGCAACUGUUGGAACUGCCAUGUCUUCUCCAGAGAAAGCAGCUUGGGAGAUUUUCAACUCCUUGGAUGUGAAAUAUGUUCUUGUAGUAUUUGGAGGUCUCGUUGGCUACCCUAGUGACGAUAUCAACAAAUUCUUGUGGAUGGUUCGCAUUGGAGGAGGUGUUUUCCCUCAUAUCAGAGAACCUGAUUAUCUUAGAGAUGGUCAGUACCGGAUUGAUUCUCAGGCCACUUCAACCAUGCUAAAUUGUCUCAUGUACAAGCUCUCGUAUUACAGAUUUGUGGAGACAGAUGGUAAAGGCUUUGACAGAGUGAGAAGGACUGAAAUUGGGAAGAAAUAUUUCAAGCUUACCCAUUUUGAGGAGGUAUUCACAACUCACCAUUGGAUGGUACGGAUAUACAAACUAAAACCUCCAAAGAAUAGGAUCCGAGGAAAGACCAAGAAAUCAAAAGCGGGUUCCAAAACAAGUUCUACAACUAGCUCAAAAAGAGCAGGAAGGAGAAAGAACCCCUGGCAUUAAGAAACACUAUUGCAGUGAAUCCUCUCUCAGUUCUAGUCAUUCCAUAUACAUCUGUGUGCAUGACCCUCUAGAGGGAUUGAGCAAAGGAUUUUUUGGCCUCUUUGUACCAUGUCUUGUAUCAUUUGUUUUCUGCAUUUUAAUGCUUCACAACAUUGUGCAAGGAAGACCAAUUUUGUGACCCUUGAACCAAUUGCAGCGAAGGAAUCAUGAGGCAGAUUAACGACAAUUUUGGCUUUCUGGGAGGUGUAACAUGCAACUUGUAGAGCUAACCUGUUCACAGGAUUUUUAUAAUCUAGCUAUCGGAUGAUUGUUUAUUUACAGAAAAGUUUGUAGUGUUUUUCAGAACCGUUAUUCCAUUUCACGUCUGUAUUCCUAUUUGAAGUUUUGAACAGUGAACUCAUUAGUAUGGUGGGACUGUGGGACCCCUACAAUAAGAAUGAGAAAGGAGCGUCUGAGGUUUAGUUCAAU